CUCCAUUGUAUACAUUACACCAUCACAAUCAAAUACCCUCAGCAUCACGUAUUUCAUUGUUUUCACCAGCUACAUGAUAUUCGAAAAUAGUUAUUUGUGCGACUAUUAUUACCAAAUUAUUUGUCGGAUAACUUGAUUAAAUUCUAUACUCAACAAUUUAAACGUAAUUUUUUAUUUAAAUCGUUGAAGUGAAAUUCAUAUUUAAUAUAUCAUUAACAGUUUAUUUUCUUAUUCGUCUUUAACAUGGUUUUGAUAACAAUACUGUAUGUCUACCUUCGAUGCGUGUGUUCAAAUCGUUCAAGUUCAUGUUUUAUUAAAAUUAAUUAGUGAUGGUACCGACUACAUUGUUUUUAUCGAGACAACUGAAGCGCAAGACAAGAUUUAGCUUGACAUUUAUCCAGUGUGACGAAUAUAUCGCUCAUAACGUUUAAAAAUGAAGUACUCACUUACUUCAAUAGACUUCUGGUGUUACAAUAACAAAUUUUGUAUUACGUUGAUAUUAUUCGUGCCGAUCAUUCAUAUGUGUCUAUGCCUUACACCAAGACAACAACAUGAUACCCAUACAUUAUCUUUAGGAAGUAGUAAUAUAUUAGUUGAUGAUACAAUUGUUUCAAAUAGUAUGAAUUCUGGUAAUUCAUUCCAUAGUAGAUGUGAACCUAUUACCAUACCUUUUUGUAUGGGUAUAGCGUAUAAUCAAACAGUUAUGCCAAACUUAUUAGGUCAGCAGCGCCAAGAUGAGGCUGGAUUUGAAGUUCAACAAUAUUACCCGUUGGUUAAAAUUCGUUGUUCUAAUGACUUACAGUUUUUUUUAUGUAGUGUUUUUGCUCCUGUCUGUACUAUUAUUGAGCGUCCAUUACCACCUUGCAGAUCACUCUGUAUAUCAGCUCGUAAUGGUUGUGAAGCUAUCAUGAACAGAUUUCAAAUUGAAUGGCCAGACAAUUUAGAGUGUAGUAAAUUUCCCGAACCAGCUGAACAAUUGUGUGUUGGAGAAAAUAAUUAUACAGAAACUGCAACAGUUCAAGCAACACUAAACAAUGUCGGACAACAGAGUAUUCAUUCUAUUUUGAUUGAUACCAAUGGAAAAGAUUCUACAGUAGACUCUGGUUCAGGUAUGAGAAGACAUUUCAGUGGGUCUGGAGGGUCACAAAAUUCAAUUGUUGGAUCAAUUUACGAUAUUGGAUUUGUUUGUCCUGAGCAAUUUCGAAUGGAAACAAGUAUAGGAAAUCAAGGUUAUAAUUUUGGAAGUAAAAAAAAAGGUUCCAGUUCAUCCGAAAGAACUCUGAAUUCAUUUUAUACUGGUGGUUAUUCUUUGAGAAUCGGUAAUAGACAAGUAAAAGAUUGUGGAGCACCGUGUGAUGCAUUUUGGACUCGUGAACAAACACGAGCUUCGAGAAAUUGGGUUGCUGCUUGGUCAGUAUUGUGUUGUGCAUCGUGCCUCUUUACAUCGCUGACAUUUGCAAUUGACACACAUCGUUUCCGUUAUCCUGAGAGACCAAUUAUAUUUUUAUCUUUGUGCUAUCUCAUGGUAUCAAUAUCGUAUUUAAUUGGGUGGAUGGCUGGUGAUUCAGUAGCAUGCAAUAAACGAAAUCUCAUCAUCCAAGGAACAAAUAGCGGUCCAAGGUCAUCGGAUACAGAUGGAGGCUCAUCAGAACUUUGUGUGGUCCUAUUUAUGGUAUCCUAUUUUUUUGGAACAGCUUCCAGUGUGUGGUGGGUCGUGUUGACAUUGACAUGGUAUCUGGCUGCUGGACUAAAAUGGGGACAUGAAGCUAUUGAAGCAAAUUCUCACUAUUUCCAUUUAGCUGCAUGGACUGUUCCUGCAGCUAAAACUAUAACUGUAUUGGCAAUGGGAAAAAUUGAGGGGGAUGUACUUACUGGAAUUUGUUCAAUGGCUGUAUGGAGUGAUGACACUGCUGUUAGAGAUAUGAUAUUAAUUCCUUUAGUGGUAUACCUAGUUUUGGGUACAGCUUUUUGGAUGGCUGGGUUUGUAGCUUUAUGUCGAAUAAGAACUGUGAUGAAACAUGAUGGCACUCGUGGAACUGAAAAACUUGAAAAACUUAUGAUACGCAUUGGAGUAUUUAGUGUGUUGUAUACGGUUCCAGCUUUAGCUCAAAUAUUAUGUUUGGCAUAUGAACAUGUCUAUCGUGAGUCAUGGUUACAUAUGUGGCAUACACAAUUGUGUCAUGACCCAAAAUAUGCCAUUCCUUGUCCUAGUCAAAAUGACCAUGACCAAAAUUACAGUGUGGUGUCAAAUGGCCCUAAUUUUGAAAUAUUUGUUGCGAAAUAUUUUGUUUCACUUUUGGUGGGAUUAACAUCCAGUGUUUGGAUAUGGUCAGGUAAAACUGUGAACAGCUGGCGUAACUUUUUUGCUCGUUUACGUAGUAAAAGACACGAACCUAGUAACAAUGUUCUAGUUGGUACUCAUGGUAAAUCUGAAGCAUAUGUGUAAAUACACAACAAUCUUAAAAAGUAUCUAUGACUCAAAGUAAAUUAUUUGUGUUAAUUUUAUUUUUAUAAAUUUAAUUUAAAGAAUUUUUAUUUUGUUAUUAGUAUAUCUUUGACAAUUUUAAUGAAACACCUACUUAUUAAUGAAAUGUGUGUAUCAUACUAAAAAGUCAUUACUAAUUACUAUAGAUAAAGUUAAAUAUUAUUGAUUUUUAAGUUUACUUAAAUAUUAAAAAAAAAAAAAAAAAACUAUUAAGCUUUGUAGUAACAAUUUUAAUAAAUUUAAUUUAAUAAUAAUUUAGUAUUGAUUUAUUUUUGAUUGUGUGUUUCUUUAUAGGCCUGUUGGCAACCAUUAGUUGAAUGUUUUCUUUCAUAAUGGAUUUUUCUUAAUAAUUAAAAUAUUGUGACAUUUAAUGCAUAUCUACUAUUUAACUGCAUGAAAAUGCACUAAACAUUAUAGUGUUUUAAAUGCCGUCCUUAUUUUUGUUUGUAUAUUUUAUUUAAUAUAAUUAAUUUGGUUUACAUUAAUAAUUAUUAUAAAUUGUUGAUAUUAAUGUGAUAAAAAUAAAUAUGUAGCCAUUAUUUGUAAAUAAAUACGUUCAUUUUUUACUAACCAUUAUUUAUAAAUAAAAGACUUAUUAAUUUUUACUUUUUUAUUAUGUUUA